UCAUUGUCAUUUUAAAUCCAUUAUUGAAAACCAAUCUUCACUUUAGUUAGCAUUAGAAAAAAAUCAGCGAGUAACCGUGUAAAAAUAAAAUCAAAACAUUUGUAAAUAAAUUGCAAAGUGUUAAACUGUUUAACAGGUUAUCGUUCAAGUAAACUCUAAUUAAAACUAUUGCAUUUUAAUAUUAUAAUUGGUAGGCCAAAAAAGGACAAAAAUGCCACGAGCUAAGUACGUAAAUCACAAGGGCAGAAGCCGUCAUUUUACCAGUCCAGAAGAAUUAGAAGAGCAGCGCAAGAAGAAAAAUGAUGGUGAAUCGGAAGAAGAUGAAUCAGAUGAGGAGGAAGAUGAAGAUGGUAGUGAGGAAGGUUCAUCGGAUAGUGAUUUCGAAGACGCACAUAAAAAUAAGGGUGUACAGGGUCUAAUUGAAAUUGAAAAUCCAAAUCGUGCCGUGAAGAAAACCGCUGAAAAAGUAUCAAAAAUUGAUUUAAAUGCAGCGAGUUCAUCAAAAGCAGAACUAUCUCGACGUGAACGUGAAGAAUUGGAAAAGCAACGGGCCCAAGCUCAUUAUCAAAAACUUCAUGCUGAGGGCAAAACGGACCAAGCUCGAUCUGAUUUGGCUAGAUUGGCCAUAAUUAAGCAACACCGUGCUGAGGCAGCCGCACGACGAGAAGCCGAAAAGAAAGAAAAAGAGGAUAAGAAGAAAUCUGGAUCGAAGUCUUAAUAUCGGAUUUCGUUACAUUGAAUUAAAAAAAAUUGCUGUUCAAACUCGCAGAAUCCAAUACAAAAAAGAAUUUAAAAAAACAUUUAGGCGUUUUUGUAUUGCUCAUUUCGUUUGAGUACAUAUGAAAGAAAUACUUGAAUUAAUAAAAUCAAACACAUUUUUGUUAUAUCACAAUUCAUAUGGACGAUAUCUGGUUAACCACAGAUCAUAUGGAUAUCGUUUUGAUGUAAAACAAAUGUUAAAAUAAAUAAAGAGCAUCUAGAAACUCGAUUGACUAUCAA